AUGGCUUUCUCUGGCUUCUUGCCAACUGGAGCUUUAUUGGACUCACUCAUUCACAUAUCCAAUGAAGUCUCUUCCAUGGAAAAGUUCCCUUUUGUCCAGGUCAGGAACACAUCGACCAUGAUCAGGAGGACCAAGCUUCUAUUGUCCUUGUUCGAAGAGAUUCAAGAGACAAACACAAAGCUCCCACCUUCUUCAAUACUGUGCCUGACUGAGUUGUUCUCUGUGAUACAGAGAGUGAAGCUCAUCAUCCAAGGUUGCAAAGACGGCAGCUGCCUCUGGAACCUGAUGCAAACAGAGUGCAUCUCGAAACAGUUCUAUGUAUUGGUGAAGGAAAUGGGACGAGCACUUGAUAUCUUGCCUCUGAGCUUGCUUCACAUCACAACUGACAUCAGAGAGCAGGUUGAGCUCCUUCACAAGCAAGCGAAACGGGCUGAGCUUAUCAUCGACAACAGAGAGUUUCAAAGGAGAGAUGAUCUCCUGAGACUGAUGGCUUCCAACGAUGAGAAAAACAGCAAGAACAAGGGCUUUGUCGAUUUCGACAAGGUGAAGGAUACUUUGAGCAACAUUGGGCUGAGGGAUCCACUGGAUUAUGAGGAAGAGGUAUCAAAGCUAGAGGCUGAAGCGCAGAGGCAAGCCGGGACAGGCGGACUGAUUGUGGUUUCUAACAUCAACAACCUCAUCUAUCUCGUUUCGCGUGCCAAGUCCUUGAUCUUCAGCAGCAAUGAAGAGACUGAGAAAGUCAAGGCAAGUUCGGUACAGUACUCCUUGACUGCAUUAAGGAAUUUUGAUCUUUCUUCAUCCUCGCAAAUGAUUGUUACCAAUAUCCCCGAUGAGUUCCGGUGCCCAAUAUCGCUGGAUCUAAUGAGGGAUCCUGUGAUCGUAUCAUCAGGUCACACGUAUGACCGUACUUCAAUCGCCCAGUGGAUCAAUUCGGGGCACCAUACAUGCCCCAAGAGCGGGCAGAGGCUCAUUCACAUGGCCCUUAUUCCCAAUUAUGCACUGAAGAGUCUAGUACACCAAUGGUGUCAAGAACACAGCAUCCCUAUCAUAGAACACCCAUCAUCUUCUUUGUCUGAAUUGGAACGAAGUAGCAAAGGCCAGAGAAACUCGUCUGAGAACGCCAUAGAUCACCUCUCCGCUGCGAAAGCUGCUGUUGAUGCUGUUAAAAUGACAGCCGAGUUUCUGGUUGGGAAGCUAGCCACUGGAUCGCCAGAGAUACAGCGGCAAGCAGCAUAUGAGCUCCGGCUGCUGGCGAAGACUGGGAUGGACAACCGCCGGAUAAUCUCCGAGGCUGGAGCUAUUCCUUUCCUUGUCACACUGCUAAGCUCUCAGGACCCGAAAAUACAGGAAAAUGCAGUAACUGCACUCCUCAACCUCUCAAUCUUCGACAACAACAAGAUCCUGAUUAUGGCGGCAGGAGCAGUUGAGAAGAUCGUAGAUGUCCUCGAGCUUGCGAAGACCAUGGAGGCAAGAGAAAAUGCAGCAGCAGCAAUCUUUAGCCUGUCGAUGAUCGACAACUGCAAAGUCAGCAUUGGUGCACACCCAAGAGUGAUUGCAGGGUUGGUCAGGCUCUUAAGGGAAGGCACUUCGACCGGGAAGAGAGAUGCUGCCACUGCCUUAAUCAAUCUCGCAGUUUAUAAUAUCAACAAGGCGAGUGUCGUGGCUGCUGGAGCUGUUAGCCUGCUGAUUGAUCUGUUGAUGGAUGAUAAGGCAGGGAUUACAGACGAUGCGCUUGCUUUGCUCGCUUCGCUCUUGGGGUGUCACGAAGGUUUGGAGGAAGUAAGGAAGAGCAGAGUACUUGUGCCUCUUCUCGUUGAUCUGCUGAGAUUCGGGUCUCUGAAAGGAAAAGAAAAUGCCAUCACUCUCCUGUUAGGUCUGUGCAAAGAUGGAGGGGAGGAAAUUGCUGGGAAAUUGUUGAUGAAUCCAAGAAGCAUACCUUCCCUUCAGAGCUUGGCAACUGAUGGAUCUUUGAGAGCACGAAGAAAAGCCGACGCAUUACUCAGAUUAUUGAACAGAUGCUGUUCUCACUCUCACAAUACCUUUUGA